AUGGUUAAGGACAGGCUGUCGGAGCUGAGGGCAGUGGUCGAGCGGAACGACAGCCUAAUCGUGAGCUUUGAGAGCAAUGAAUACCUAAAAGAGGACGGAAUGCAUGACUUGUACGAAGAGGUGGAACUCAUCCGCGAAGACAUCGAAUCCAUUCGUACGGAUGUGGAGGAAGUGAAUGCCAUUCACGAGAAGAUACUAAACGCACCGCAAACUCAUGAGAGUGUGAGACAACGCUUGGAUUGUUUGGUGGCAGACAUCAAACGCACCGCCAAUGGGGUCCGACAUAAAUUGAAAGCUAUGGAGCAAAAAAUACGUGAUUUGGAGGACAGGGAGUCGGACCCGGGUAUGAGCGCCGACAUCCGGAUCCGCAAAACACAGCACUCGAUGUUAUUACAUAUGUUUGUGGAGUGUAUGACUCAAUACAAUGCCAUUCAAUCGGAUUAUAACCGCAGAUAUCGGGAGCUGUUUAAGCGUUGGGCUGAGAUAACGGGCCAAUACAUGUCCGACGAGGAAGUGGAUAAACUGAUAGAUAGGGGUGGCCUACAGGUCCUCAUCCAGGGUAUAGUGACUGACACUCAGCAAGCGAUGGAUGACUUGCGGGACAUUGAGGCCCGACAUCGAGAUAUCGUUAAACUCGAGAAAAGUAUCCGAGAAGUGAAUGACUUGUUUACGGAUCUGUCACUACUUGUCGACCAUCAGGGCGUUAUAUUGGAUACCAUUGAGAAGCACGUGGGGGACAGUCGUGAGUACGUCGAUAACGGAACCGAACUUAUGAGAGAAGCCAACCAAUACCAAGAUGAGGCCUGCAAGAAAAAGAUGAUAAUUAUUGGAAUAAUCGCGGUCAUUGUUGACUUGCUUUGGACCAAUAAAACUACCCCGGCUCUUAAACGAAUAGCCGCUUACGUCGCUCCCACGCCCGACAAUAUGCCAGAUGACGAUCCGUUUGUCACCGCGUGCUCCACAUUGUUGGGCAUGUUGAGAGCCAAUUGUAACAUAACCAUGUGCCAAUAUGGUGAAUCCUACCUGAGAUGCAUCAGCCAACCAGACCCUGGACUUGAUGAUGCCUACAAUACCACUGAUAAUAUCUGCAAUAGGAUCAAGAGCUUUACACCCUAUAGCAAGUCUAACGGUACUGCUAAUAUCAUUACAGUAAAUCAACAGAUUGUGAUCGGGCUCAUGAUUGGGCUCAUGAAUUUGUUUACAAAGGACUUGUCCCAGGAUCAACCUCUUAAUGCUUGUAUAAAUGAGAGACUAUCUGAGAGCUCUGAUACCCUCGACCUCGAGGAUAAAUAG